CAUACCCAAGCAAGACCCCUAUUAUGGUGAGCAAAGUGUGUGGAGAAGAUGUCAGCCCUCGAAAAGCGCAACUUCCAGGCCGACUGGCAAGCCUUCACUGCUGAUUCGAUCCCUACCAAGACAAAAGUGGAUGCCCUGGAAGCCUUCUUGAAGGAGAAUCCGCCUUUGUUACAAAAUCCAGGUAGUAGUCAAGAUCCACCCUAUCGUCGCCUAGUCGACUUGGGCUGUGGCAAUGGAACACUCUCGGCAGAAAUGGCGUCCAAAGGAUACACGGUUCUGGGACUCGACAUUAACAGCGAUGCCAUUCAGACGGCACAGCAGAAGUAUACCGCGGAGAAGGAUGCCACCGCCAACAAUCAUCUAUCCUUUCAAGUGGCCGAUAUUGCCGGGGCGUCAUCAUUGAAACCCGACCUUACCAGCAGCAACUUCCAUCUCGUCGUUUGCCAAUUGGUGAUAUCCGUCAUUGGGGGGGUGGAAGAACGUCAACGGCUUUUGCGCAAUGCUUGGGAUCUACUGGUACCAAACGGGUUUCUAUAUCUGUCGGCUUCUGGGAUUUCGGAUACCAUCAAUGAAGAAUAUGCCAAACUAUACGAGCAGGACUCUCCAGUCAUUGGGGAAGCAUACACUUACUUUUCCAGAGACUCCAAGCAAGACAACAAAAUACUUUACCAGACCCAUCACUUUAGUGCUGUGGAACUACACGCCUUACUUGAAGAGGCUGGGUUUGUCACUAUUGUCAUCGACACUGUCAAAGAGCAAAGCUCUCGGCGACCUGAUCAGGCUGCCUACUUUCACUAUGUCACUGGGCAGAAGAAACCCAAAUGAUGAAAUUGACGAGGUGAAUGGUAAUACAAUUGGAUGCAUCGACGUUACUGUAGCCAGGGGAUCUUUUUUGUUUUGGUUGAGUUGUCCUGAUGACUUGUUGCCAUUUGCAGCUGCAACGUCUUGGGCUUUUUAUCCGCUCUGCUUGGAAAGAAUUGGAACAUCGAAAGGUUGGCGAAUCAACUCGAUUAGCUAGCUAGUAUCUUUUUCCUUGCAUUUAUCCUCCUGUCCACAGUCUGUGGCUGACCCCCCACAAACAUGCUGGACUCAAUGAACUUUGGCAUUCAACCUGGCCCCUUGAUUCAAUCUGAGGCGAUCACUCCAGUGACCUUCUGAGGCAUAUUUUUUUUAAAUGCAGCAGAUCCAAAGAGUAACUCAACAAGAUGUGUAAUAGAACUGCUACAGUAGCUUGGCUAGUGGCGGUUCGUUGCUACAUACCAUAGAGAUCUAAUAGUAUCCAACAAUUUUCGUUAGUUACACUAGCUAGAGGGUCGAUCUAGCUCAUUCUAAAGGACGC